AUGUCGCUGCUUGGUCAAUCCCUGAAGCAAUACCCCGGGCUUCCAUAUUAUUUACAAGACAUGUAUUCAUGGCUACAUGACACCGAACCCAUAUGGGGCUACAUAACUACCGGACAACAUAUACUCCCCAGUCCCAUGCCGCUUCCCGCGUGUGGUCGACCUUACCACGAAGUAUAUGAAGCGAUGAUUCUAUGCGGAUCCCAGAGCAAAAGAAUCUUAAGAAGCUCCCUUCGACAAAUGUGGGCUAACCACGAACCACGCGUUAACGAAGAUGCUUCCCAGUUCAACGCAGCAUCAAUAGACCACGCCCGUGGUCACUUCAAAGCCUGGAAAAUCGAGCAAGGGAAGGCUGAUGACUUCCCUGGCUAUCGUUUAUCUGUCAUGAUUGACGAGGAUUGCUUUCAGACUUUGCAGAACGCUCCACUUUCAGAGAACUUGACAACAAGACUAGAAGACAGACUGCUUCAUUAUGUGAAAAUCAGUGAGGGCCUGGAGGAAGAGCACGAGCCACCGUUUCCAGGGUGGAUGACGUGCUCCCUACCCCAAAUGUAUCCAUGGAUGAUCUCUGGGGGAAUAUGA